GGCGCGGUGAGUCAGAGCGCACAGUAAAUAUUUGUAUUAGCCGGGGCCGGCUCGCUAAUGGUGGACGCGUGAGGCUAGCGCGCAGGGAGGCCGGAGCGGGCUGCGCGGCGGCGCCAUGUCCGUGAACAUGGACGAGCUCAAACACCAGGUCAUGAUCAACCAGUUCGUGCUGACGGCGGGCUGUGCGGCCGAUCAGGCGAAGCAACUGCUACAAGCGGCCCACUGGCAGUUCGAGACAGCCCUCAGCGCCUUUUUCCAGGAGACCAACAUCCCCUACAGCCACCACCACCAGAUGAUGUGCACUCCCGCCAACACCCCUGCCACGCCCCCCAACUUCCCUGAUGCCCUCACCAUGUUCUCCCGUCUCAAGGCCUCUGAAAGCUUCCAUGGGGGUGGCGGCAGCAGCAGCCCAAUGGCCACGUCGGCCACAUCACCCCCACCGCACUUCCCCCAUGCCACUGGCAGCUUUGCAACACCCAGCUGGCCAACUGCAGCCUCACCCCCAGGAGGCCCACAGCACCACCAGCCGCAGCCGCCCCUGUGGACUCCGGCACCCCCUUCCCCGACUUCAGACUGGCCUCCCCUGGCUCCUCAACAGGCCACCUCAGAACCAAGGGCCCACCCUGCCAUGGAGGCAGAGAGAUAAGGGAGGCCCCUCCCCCGCUCCCGGAGGCCAGAACCCCGUGGGGUGGGGGAGAGGAUGUCUCUGUGGGCCCCUUCACCCCUCCUCUGUCUGCACCCCUAUACCCCAGAGCCCUGGAGGGGAGAGACUGGACUCUAGCCAGGCAGUCUUGUGCCAGCACGCACAGCUGCACGCACGCAAGUUCACAGCGCAGGCACCCCCAGCUUGCCUGGAUCUGACUCCAAGUGGCUUGGGUGCCUGGUGGGCAACACCUUGGAGACCAAGCAGCCAUCCCAGCGAAGACUUACCUGCCUGGCCCCACCACCUGGAGUGUUUCAGAGAAUCACUUGGUGACAGGCACGUGGCUGACUCCUGUCUUGGGCCAUAGGCCUAGAUCCCUACCCUUGGGAAUGCAGAGCCUUCUCCGCAUGUGUGCGUGCAGCUGUGUCUUAUGUAUUUAUAUGUAUGUCGCUCUUCAAAAGCAACCUAGUUUAUGGGGCAGCUGGACUUUGCAUGUUAGAGUGAGCCCCAAGCUCCUUGGCCUACCACCCCGUUGUCUGAAGGGCUCUGCCUCACUCCACUUCCUUAUCUGCCAGCAUUGCUGUUUCCUGCAAAGGAUUAUGGGAAACUCCAGGACUCUUCUACCUAGCUCCUGCCUGCAAGGGUUCCCUGCAUGCCUCUUCCCCAGAGCCCAGGGGUACCUGGUCCCCAUUUCCUACUCCUCUUUUAACAAAAGAGAAAAGAAAUUCCAAACCACCACCA